GGUCCCCACCUCGCCCCCCGGGCCCCGCCGCCCCGACCCCGGAGUCCCGGCAGCCCCGGCAGCCCCGAGCCCCGGCAGCUCCGGCAGCCCCGCCGCGCCAUGGCGCGCGCCCGCAGCCGAGCGCCGCUGAGCGCCGGUGCGCCCGGCCGCGGCUGAGCCCCGCGCGCCCGGCAUGCCCGGCCCGGCCCGCCGCCCGCCACCCCGGCCCCGGCCCCGGCCCCGCGGCCACGCGUAGCCAGCGAGCGGGUCAAGGUCACCGCCCGACGCGCGCCAUGGAGGCCGCGGGCCGGCCCCGGCGCUCGCGCGCGCAGCGAGACCGCGAACGGCGCCGCGAGGCCGCCCGCGCGCACAGCCCGUCGUCGGGCGACGAGCCGGAGCCGGGCCGCGGCAAGGAGAACGCCGCCGCCCCCGCGCGCCCUCCGCGCCGCCGCCGCCGCGAGUCGAGCUCGCAGGAGGAGGAGGUCAUCGACGGCUUCGCCAUCGCCAGCUUCAGCACGCUGGAGGCCCUGGAGAAGGACAUGGCACUGAAACCCCAUGAGCGGAAGCAGAAGUGGGAUCGUCGCCAUGUCAAGAAGCCGCGGGAGCUGGAGAAUGGCCCAUCUGCUGAGCCCAGUGAGAAUCAGCAGCCGCCGCAGGGGAGCAGCCCUGAGCAGUCUGUGGAGCCUGCCUGUGAGGGGGCAUCCAGGAAGGCCCCACUGCAGCCCUCCAAGCAGGUGAAGGCGGCCUUAUCCAGAGGGGGUGACCAGAACAGCGAUGGCGACAGCGUCCUCGAAGCCACCAGCUCCCAGCGCAGCAGCUCUCGGGAGCAGCUCAGUGAUAGCUCGGUGCAGGCUGUCUCCAGCAGAGGCUACUCUUGUGACAGCGAGAGUGGCGUAGACGACAAGGCGUCUGUGGGCUCUGAGAAGCUCUUUGCACCUGCAGCCAAGAAAGGGCCCGGGCGAGGCAAGAAUUCGGAGGCCCCCAAGGUGUCUGGCCUGGAGCGCAGCCGUGAGCUUCGCACGGAGCCCUUCCCGCCAGCGGCCAGCCCCUUGCCCACCGCUGCGCCGGCUGGACGCCCCCCGGUGAAGAGGGAAGCACCCGCCACACCCCUGCACGCCGCACCACCGCCCCACAGCCUGCCCCCGACACACGUGCCUCCGUCUCUGGGCGCCUCGGCUCCCAGCAGCCUGCACGGCCUCAGCAGGAGCAGCGGUGCGGGCGGCGCCGCCCUGGGCCUGGCAAAGCACGCGGCGCUGUCGCCCCUCGGGUCGGGCCCCCACCUGUCUACCUCACACCUGGCGCUCCGGGCGCAGGCGCAGCACCAGCACCACGCCGCCUUGUUCGCCCCGCCCCCGACGCUGCCCCCGCCCCCGGCACUGCCCGCCAGCGGCCUGGUGGUCCCCGGAGCACCUGCCGAUGCCAGCCUGGUGGUCUCGCUCCGCCCGCCCUCCGUGUACUGCCAGCCACACGCGGGGAUUCUGAUCGACCACGAGCUGCUCAGGCAAGAGCUGAACACGCGGUUCCUGGUGCAGAGUGCCGAGCGGCCCAGCUUUGCCCUGGGCCCGGCAGGCCUGCUGCGGGCCGAGUUCCAUCAGCACCAGCACACGCAUCAGCACACGCACCAGCACACGCACCAGCACACAUUCGCCCCCUUCCCGGCAGGGCUGUCCCCGACACCACCUGCACCCCCGCAGUUUGACAAGCAUGUGGCCAAGCUGGAUGGCUCCUACUCGCGACAUUCCACUCUCUUCCCACCCUUCCUGCCUGCUGUCCCCGGGCUGCCUGCCCUGCUCCCACAGCCCGGCCCCUUUGGGUCUCUGCAGGGGGCUUUCCAACCCAAGACUUCGAACCCAGCUGAAGUGACAGGCAGGGCCAGCACUGUCCAUGCCCUCCUACAGAAGGUCCCUGGGGUGCCUGACUCAUUCCGGACAGCAGUCAGGAAGCCAGGGAAGUGGUGUGCGGUCCAUGUGCAGCUGGCCUGGCAGAUCUACCACCACCAGCAGAAGAACAAGCAGGUGCAGCUGGACCCACACAAGCUGGACGUGGGCUCGAAGCUGGAGCUGCUGAGCAGAGCCCCUGGUGCGAGCGUGUGUGUGGGGCUGCACUACACCCAGGACCUGGCCCGGCCCCUACUCUCCAGCACAGGUGUCGCCCACCCUGCCACCACCCCCUUUGGAGCCACCACCCGUCACAGCAGCUUUCUGCCCCCUGCUCACCUGACAGCAGACCCCUUCAGCAGAUCCAGCACCUUCGGGGGCCUAGGCAGCCUGGGCAGCCACGCCUUUGGGGGCCUGGGCAGCCAUGCACUGACUCCAGGCAACAGCAUCCUGGCCCCCAAGGAGGGCUCCUCACUACAUGGCCUGCCCAGCCCCCAGGAGGCUUGGAACCGGCUGCAGCGGGCACCAGCCUCGUUCCCCACACCACCCCCGUGGCCCAAGCCCGGGGAGACUCUGCCCAGCCAGCCGGACAGAAUCAGGGAGGAGCGGGAUCUCCUGGAGAAGACGCGCCUGCUGAGCCGCGCCUCCCCUGCGGCCCCAAGCAGCCUCCCAGUCACCAACCUCCUGCUGCAUCCCGGGGUCCUCAUGGAGCAGGAGGCUGAGCGCCGGGUCAAAGAGAGCCGCUCCCCAGCCAAGGAGGACUGUGCCCAACUGGCAGCGCACGCACCCUCGCCCACAGCCUGCACCAGGGGCGCCACCCUGGGCAACGUGAGGGUCAAAGAGGAGCAUGGGGAGGAUGAGCCGGUGUCCGAAUCUGCAGGCAGCGGCCUGCACCCCACCAAGGAGCACCCACACGCGCUGUCCACGCCCCUGCAGCUGGGCCUGGGCCGCGAGCGCCUGAGUGCACCAAGCUUCACGUGGGAGCUGCUGGGCCCCACCUCCCGCGGCCUGGAGCUUCCCCGGGCUCCCGGUCCCUCCAUACACUCGGAGCCCGCAGAGCGCCGCUUCCACGACCGUGAGCCGCUUGACUACGACCCCGUUAGCGGCGAGGAGCCAGAACACGCACGGGCCUCGCACCUGCUGCCCGCGGCUUCAGGGGUGGACGCCGUUGCACGGGGCAGCCUGCACUACCCACGGCUCAGGCCCGCGGCCGGCGCACUGCACAACGGGCUUCUGGCGCGGACCCCACCAGCAGCUGCCUCGGUGGGCGCGCCGCCCCCGCUGGUGGCCGCGCCCACACCCCCUGCGCGCAGCCGGCCUGCACCCCUCGGCGUGGGGCCCACGGAGACGCGCGACUACUCCCCGGCCCGCGGCGCGCAGGAGGUGGAGGCGCGGUAGUGGCGGCCCCCCGGCCCGGAGGCGGCGCGGGCCCUGCCGCAGACUGAAGGCCAAUAGAGCCCAAGCACAGCUCCAGCCAGUCCGCCCAGCCUGCCGAGUCGGGUUUGGCACAGCGUUCUCCAGGGUGGGUGUCGUUUUCCGAGGUUCAGAUUAGGCUCUUGUGGGGGACUGGGGAGAGAAAAAGCCAACCUACAAUUUGUACCUUUUCCCCACAGGUGAAAAGCAUUUUUAAUGGAUUUGUAUUUUUCUUAAUUUUAUGCUCUUUAAGCAUUUAAAAGACCAACAACAAAAAGAACUUUUGCUUGGUAAUUUUCAGUUGGGAUUUGCAGUUUACUGGGCUCAGCUCUCCCAGAGCCUGGGGACGCUUUGUCUUAUUUAUGGAGGAAAAACGGUCAUUCUAUCCAAUGCACUGUGAGGCUCCCGCUCAGGCUCACCCCCCCACACUUGGUACUUGGACUCCAAGUUACAGAUAUAUAUUAAAAUGAUGAUUAAUAAUAACUCACAA